UUUUAACUUUUUCUUUUAAUGUUGCAAUUUUUGUAUCUUUUUUAAUUGCAUACAUUUUAUUAUAUAUAUAUUUUUUUUUUAUUUUUUUUUUACUGAUUGCAUAACCCCAAAAAGACACAGAUUUGUCUCUUACUUCUUUUUGAGAACCAGGAUUUUUUUUUCUUAGCAACUAAACAUGGAAGCUGGGAAGACCAGGGCGCCAUCAUGGAAGCCGGAACCAACUCCAGAAAAAAUAGAGACGAGCUUCUUUCAUCAGCUGCUCAACAAGCGCAUGGUCUUGAACGCCCGGGAUGAUGUGAAAUCCCUUCUGCACCGGCUGGUAUUCGUCUCUAAGAUCUCCCCCGAUCUGGCCGAUAAGAGAAAACUCGGAGAAUACUGGGAACAGCAAUUCCAGCGGUAUAACUGGGGCGAAAACGUAACCGGUCUUCUGCUCUUGUAUCCUGCGUACACCAUCCACUGCCUGGAGUCUAGCGGAGAUGUCCUCUACUGCGUUAUCAGAGACCUUCAACGAAUGAAGACACAAGGGGACAGGGCGCUAGUCUUGGACCCUAAAAUCGUGGUGAUGUCUCAUAACAUCCCCAGUCGCCUGUUUAGUCAGUGGAGCUACAAAGUUUUGAAUGUUCCUGGUCAGUACUUGGGAGAUAAGUUCAAUGAGGAGGCCACCGAUGGGAUCAUCAAUGAGUGUCUGACCAAGAUACUGAAGAUCGGGAAGCACCUCACAAAAUACCCCAAGGGCUCCAAAAAUAUUCCAGAUUCCGUGUUUGAGAAGAUCUCGGAUCUGAUGAUACCUCAGACCUCCAUCUUACAUCUUCUCCAGUGUAAAGAUCUGCUUACGCCAGAACAGUUCCUGAAGAUGUAUGACACCCCCCUACAUAUAAUGCUGGACUCCGAUCGUGUUUGGCCUGCCGCGGUUCAUUUAACACCUGUGAAGACACGAACGCUUCAAUGAUGAGAACUGUUUUACAGCAUAGCUAGGGCAGUAUAUGGUGGUACACAGAGUGGAA